CAGCACCCACCCUCCCUCCCCUCCCUCCCCUGGAGGUGUUCUCCCAUAAAAAGCUCAGGCGUCACUUUCCACCCGUUCAGUUCAAGUGGAGUCGAGAUCCCAGGCAAAUGGCAGCGGCUCCGAGAGCAGCCCUUCUGCUCACCUCCUUCCUCCUGAUUCUCUCAGGCUUUGGAGAUACUUGUAUCAGCAAAUCUAUUGACGUAAAUGUGCCGAGUCAGGAGAUUAAAAAAAAUCAAGUGAUUUCGAAAGUGGAUUUAGAAUGUUGUCACAAAGACACGUUACAAAUCAGCACUGAUGACCCAGAUUUUGCUGUGAAGCUUGAUGGCUCCUUGUAUGCAACUCACGAUCUCCACAUUGGUCAACAACGGACCUUUGACAUUGAACUGCAAGGUCCAGUGACACCCGUGCCGUGCACCAUUCGUGUCCGAUUGCUGUUUCAACCGGAUCCACAGUCAAUAGCAGGACCGCUUGCUCGAGUCCGCCGCUCAGCUAUACUGCGGCGUCAGAAAAGGCGGUGGAGACCUCCUCCGUUUUCUAUCACCGAGAAUUCCCCUGGACCUUUCCCCAAGUAUGUUCAAACUAUAAAUUCAGAGUAUCACCAAGUGUAUAAACUGAUCUACGAAUUAAGUGGCGGAGGAGUAAAUGAAGCUCCAAAAGGCAUUUUCAAGAUCGAACCCGACACUGGUGAAAUAUACGUGCAGCGGCCUGUGGAUCGUGAAGAAUACCCCAUGUUUCACCUGGUUGCAAGGGCAAAAACCAGGGAGGGUUUUUUCCCCGAAGAUCCUCUUCCCCUGACUGUGAAAGUUAAUGAUGUCAACGAUAAUGCCCCUGAAUUCACUGAAGAGGAGUUCACUGCAUAUGUAGCUGAAGGUUCAUCAGUUGGUACAAUUUUCCUGAAGCUUAAUGCUACUGACCGCGAUGAGCCCAACACCUUACAUACUUCGCUGCGCUACAAGAUUCUAUUGCAGGAGCCGGCCUCGAAACUCGACCUGCUAUUCUCUAUUAACGAGCUCACGGGCGAAAUCCAAACCAGGAGUGAUAAACUAGACCGAGACGAUCAGGACACUUACACCCUGACAGUUGAGGUUAGAGACAUGGAAGGAAGAAGCGAUGGACGUUCUUCGACAGCAACUGUUGUUGUUCAUGUCACUGAUGUGAAUGACAAUCUUCCAACGUUUAAGACCUCCAAAUAUAUCAUUUCUGUUAACGAGACCAUAAGCGACAUAAUGAUUCUCCGAAUGCCUGUAGAGGAUAAAGACUUGGUGAACACGCCUGCUACCAGGGCUGUGUUCACUAUCACCAAGGGGAACGGCGAUGGAAAUUUCAAAAUCCAAACUGACCCCAAAACAAAUGAUGGCCUCUUGUAUGUUGUAAAGCCACUGGAUGCUGAGGCAACAUCAUCAAUCCUGUUAGAAAUUACAGUUGAAAAUGAGGUCCCUCUGACUGGGAGUUCUGGCACUAGGCAAACUGCUUUGGUAAUAAUUAACGUGCAGAACAUCGAUGAAGGUCCAGAAUUUGAUCCGGCCAUCAAACAGCUCUGGACGAAGGAAAACGUGGCAAUUGGGAAGGUUCUGGGGUCUUAUACAGCAAGAGAUCCCGAGACUAAGAGCAGCCACGGCAUCAGCUACAGAGAACUAAGUGAUCCGGCAGAUUGGGUUUCCAUUGAUCCAAAAACUGGCAGGAUCAGGACUACCGCUGUGAUGGACAGAGAAUCUGAAUUUGUAAAAAAUAAUAAGUAUAAUGUUACAGUGCUGGCCAUAGAAGACAGAGUCCCUCCAAAGACUGGAACUGGAACUGUGGUCAUAAACCUGGACGAUGUCAAUGACAAUAUUCCGAUAAUUAGCAAUGGUCACUUCUAUAUUUGCGAGAAUGGAUUCCGCCAAUACGUGAAUGUCUCAGCUGAGGAUCUCGAUGUAGCGCCUAAUUCAGCUCCAUUUACAUUUCUGCUAUCAGAUAACCCACCAGAAAUUAAAAGAAAAUGGUUGAUCUCCAAGCAAAUGGGAUCCUACGCCCAUAUAAAACCAGUCGAUAAACUUCCUCCCGGUUAUUAUGAGGUUCCUGUCAUGGUUCAGGAUCAGCAGCACCAGGGAAAAGAACAAACCUUGAAGGUUAUGAUCUGCGACUGCCCAAACAAUAUAAAUUGCGCAGGAAGACUUGCAUCUGGAAGGGCUGUUCUUGGUGGAUUGGGAAUCCUUGUAUUGUCGUUGGCCAUGUUGUUACUGCUUUGCUUACUCCUGGCAGGAGUUGUGUUGUAUUGUGGAGGUGGCCAAAAGACGAAACCACCGUUAUAUCCCGGUACUCAAUAUCACCAAAGCCUCAUUGUCUCUAACGAAGAGGGUGGCGGUCAAAAAGAUAAGAACCUUGAUGCCAUGGAUGUCCCACUGUCUCAGAAAGAUAACCUUGCAUCUCUAAGUGACCAGCAUCUCAGCAACCAGCAUCUCAGCAACCAAGAAACAAACUUUGGAAGAGGACAUUUUCCCUCUGUCAGCUAUGCAGAUGGAGUGAAAGGAAUGAAUAGUGGGACAAUGGUGACAACUAAUGAACUAAUGAAUUUAAACAGUGGAGGGAUUUAUAGCGAAACAAUGAAUAUCCAUCAUACGCUGCAUUCCCAGAGCAGCAUGGCGAAUGCAAACUUGACCGUGGUAGAAGAUAACACGCUAGGUUGCAGAAACAGUCACAGCCUGAUGGACCUCCUGCGAUCACGUGUUGACCAGGUGUAUGAAGAGGAGGAUCCGCAAGACCAGGUUAUCCCCAGUGAUUAUGUAUACGACUAUCGAUAUGAGGGAGUUGAGUCAGUUAAUGGAUCUGUUGGCUGCUGCAGUGAUGUGAGAGAAAAUAUGGGACUGGAGCACUACAGCAGUUUGGGACCCAAACAUGGGACCUUGACUAACAUUUCGUUAAAUAGAUAACAACGAGGACCGAGCUUCGAAAACCACUUUUUUUUUUUUUUCUUUAGUAUCUUGUGAAAGGUAUUUUGGAAAUUCUGCAAAGGUGCAGUGUUUCCUUUGGAAAGUUUCCAAGGCAGUUGUUGACUUAUCCUCUUUCUCAUGCCUUAAAUGCAUUCAACAGAUAUCGGGCUGCCCAGAUAGUAUAAAUCUUCCAACGAGCACCCUUUGAUUUUAUGGUUGAAUGAUUCAUUAAGAUGCUGGUUACAUUUAGCUUGAAUAUAUUUUUUAAAAAUAUAUACUUCUUAAAAGCUGUUAAGCCGUUUUGAGAUGUUCCUAUUGGUUCUUGGUUAGGAUAUGUAUACAAGGUGAAAUACAAAUAGCAUUACCUUGCCAUCCUUGCUAAUUGGAGCUUUAAACCUGGACUUGAGUUGGCUACACUCAAAACAGGUACAUUCCUGAAAUUGCAGGUCCUGCUGUGUCCUGAAUGCUGGUAGUUUAACACUUCCUAUGUUAUACCGGUUUUAAAUCACCCAAAUGAUUUUAACUAGUUUGUCACCCCAAUUAUUAUUAUAUUCUUCUUGUGCAUGUCCUAUCAACAGAAGUUAGGAACAACUUAUCAAAGUUAGCCAAACUUGGCCUGAAUUCCAGUGCAGUUCUCUAGUUGUGAGGAGGGUGAGGGCGAAAGUGGAUCAGCAAGGGAUUUCCGCUCCUGAUAGAUCACUAUCAAGCCUUGCUGGAAAUUGUGUGUAUAAAAGCUGAGUGAUGGUAUAGCACAGUUAGACGCCAUAUUCAACCAGCUCCUGAUGCUGCCCGUCUAAACUCACCAGGAGAUUGGAAUGAGAACUUGAACCAAGUAACCAAGGGCUACAGCGCAUGUGGGAGCAUGCCAGGAUAAGCUGAAACUUUUUUGAUGGGUGGGUGGAAUUUACCGGAAUUUAAUGCUACUUCCUGUUCUUCCUGCAGGACUUGUGUAACAUAUACCUGGUCUGCCUGCCUUUUACUUCUUGGCAUGUUGGUUGCUGUAAGAAGAUGGCGCUGGGUUGCCACCUUGAACUGCUGCCAUAGUUUUGUACUAGCAGGAUCCAGGUAGACCCUUGUCUCUGGCUUGUAAAACAUAUUCAUUUUGGUAAAAACAAAAAAACUGCGGAUGCUGGAAAUCCAAAACAAAAACAGAAUUACCUGGAAAAACUCAGCAGGUCUGGCAGCAUCGGCGGAGAAGAAAAGAGUUGACGUUUUGAGUCCUCAUG